GGCACCGCGCGGCUCCGCCCCCGCGGCCGCCAGCCGGGCGAUCCCGCCGGCCCCCGCGCCUGCAGGGCGAGGGUCGCCCGUGCGCCUGCGCCCUGAUUGACCAAAGCCACAGGGAAAAUGGUGGAAAAUUCACCGUCGCCAUUGCCCGAAAGAGCGAUUUAUGGUUUUGUUCUUUUCCUAAGCUCCCAGUUUGGCUUCAUACUUUAUCUCGUGUGGGCUUUUAUUCCUGAAUCUUGGCUAAACUCAUUAGGCUUGACAUAUUGGCCGCAAAAAUACUGGGCAGUUGCAUUGCCCGUGUACCUCCUGAUUACUAUAGUCAUCGGUUAUGUACUCCUGCUUGGAGUUAACAUGAUGAGUACCUCUCCACUCAACUCCAUUCAUACGAUCACAGAUAACUAUGCUAAAAAUCAACAACAGAAGAAAUACCAAGAUGAGGCCAUCCCAGCAUUAAGGGAUAUUCCUAUUAGUGAAGUAAACCAGAAGUUCUUUCUCACAGCCAAAAGGUCUUAUACUGAAAACUGAUUCGGGUGUAAAAUAACAUUAGACAUAUAAAUAAACUUUCAUAUAUGACAUUAAAA